AUGAACAAGCCGCAGCCAACUCCUGCCAGGUAUCCUUCCCAUGCUCCGGGCCAGCCUCCAGCGUGGCAAUGCACGCGGAAUUUCAACCGCACCUGCCCGGACGGCUUCAAUUUCGAUGGCGCCAUGUGCCACGAGGAUGGCAGCUACAUCAAUCCCAGCAUGACGAAUUGUGCGCAUUUCGAUGCGCGGCGCUGGACCAACCAGAUGAAGGAAGCCUUUGGAGAACACUGCCAUGUGUGGUGGCCUUGUAAGGCCUCCCAGCGAUCCGGCACCCAGAAUCUCCGCAACGGGCCUGUGCGUGGCAUGGCAGCAAGAUGCGCAGUUCGCCGACUUCCUGUAGGCGAGCUGUCAAUGGCGCAGCGGCGGAUCAAAAUGCUGGUUCUGGCUCGGCCCCAAAGAUUCAUCGGCGGCUGCCCCAAGCUCAAAAUCCAGAGUCCUAACAUGGUGCGGCGCGGGACGAUUCGCAUCGUGGGUGCCGUCACAGCGCUGCAGCUAGCCUUGCAAUGCACUUCGCAAGGAGGCGAGAGCUUCGUGCAGUUUCUGAGCAACACGCCAUUGAGCAGUGCUCCCACGGGAAGCUUGACCGAACACAGGGAGUUUCGUAGAACCUCGUUGCAGGGGCCAGCCUAUGUCAUCUCUGGCCUGGUGCUGGCGGGAGUCACGUGGAGCGUCUUCCGCCGCAGGACGACAGGUUUCAAAAGCUCGCAGCUGCUGUCUUCCAAGCACGACGUGCUGAUCGCGCGUGUGCAGGUGAUAGGUGCGUGCUGCAUCAUCAUUCUGCAAUACGCCCUGCUGCAAAUCUUUGGCAUCUACAGCCAAGAGAUGCUGACUGCAGGUGAGGCGAACAAGCUCUACGCGGCAGCGAAUUGGGGCGCCUGCGCUUUGGCAGCGCCUGCUGGGCUGUGCUUUGAUGCCCUGGGGCCAGCAUGGUCCUCGCUCCUGGGCGGCCUCUUCAGCUCCAUGGGGCUGGCGGCUGCCGCGCUGGCCCUGGCGAGGCCGAGUCCCUCGAUUCAGCUUGCCAGCGCUGGAUACCUUGCGUUUGGCUUCGGCGCCACGUUGCUGAACACGGUUGGGCUGUUGGCAGCGGUGCGGGCGGCACCCCCGAAGCAGUCCGGCAAGAUCGCCGCAGGCGUCCUGUGCGCGUUGGCUUUGGGCAUGAGUUUCCACACGGCAGUGCAUGCCAAGUGGUUUCGAGGGCUGCCCUGGCAGUUUCUUCAGUACCAGAUCAUCUACAGCAUUUUUGCUGGCCUGCUUGGCGUCCUGGUGUUUCGCUCGCGUGCCUGGACAUUGGCAGUCCAGGAGGAUGUCCAGGAGAGUAGGGAAGUUGAGGCGACUGACAGCUCCAACAGUGUGAGCUCACCAUGGAGCAGGAUUCGCGGCAUCCUUUCUGCAAAGGAGUUCCCUUGGCUGGCGGCCGUGCACUUGGUUCCCAUCGCCUUCUCCUUUGCGUGGCUGGGGAAUUGGACGGUUUGCGCUCAAUGCCUGCACCUGCCUUCCCAGGACCAGAUCCGCAUUGGCCUCAGCCUGGGGCUCUUCUCCGCCAUGGGGCGUUUGCUCUGCGGCCUCCUUGCAGACUGGGCGCCAGCUGGCAGAGGCCAGCCGAGAAUGCCGCCGAACAAGGGGCGCCAAUCCGUGAAGGGCUGUGUCGGCAUGGAGCUGGGCUUCCUCGGAAGCACGGGACUCUUCCUGGUUGCCUUUAUCCUCCUAUUGUUCGACCAGCGCCGUUGGUUCGAGGCAGCCAUGCAGCUGAUGUGCCUGGGCUACGGGGGCGUCUUGUGCCUGGCGCCCGUGGCCUUGCGCAGCGGCUUCGCCGCGGAGGACCUAGGUACAGUUUUUGGCCUUCUCUACCAAUGUUUGGCUGUGACGUUUACGAUCUUUAAUUGGGCAGCAGUGCCCUCACGGCAUUGCGCAGGGUCCUCGUGCUUCAAGGAGUUCUUCGUUGUUUCAGGAGUCCUCCACGCAGGAUGCACGCUGUGGGCCGCAGCCCGGCUGGCUCGCUCGCUUAAGAGGAAGCCAGAUCCGUGCUCUCCGAGGCCCGCCCAAGCGUGAGCAAAGGCAGCCGAGGGUAUCGAAUGGCAACUGCAAAGAGUAGGUUUGUUCUUUGCCUCAUUUAAGCUUGGUCAAAGACCGGCUGAAUAUCAGGAGCAGUUUUCCCAAUAUAUAUACAAUACCUACCACCAAUACCCAAGCGCCGCACAUGACGCAGCGCGAAUUCAUGCAGGCUGACAGAUUCCCGGCCUUUCGUGUGCCUCAGAUCCCAGCAUUUAGCUGCUCUUCGAUGCUGGGACACGUGGCGCCGUUUCCAAGCUGGGGGCUUGACGCAGCUCGGAGCUUGCAAUGUGCAGUCCGGGAUGUGGCAGUCCGUGGCAUAGAGGUCCAGGACAGCUUGGCUGGCG